AUGACCUUGCUUAAUUUCAGGUACUUUUGCAACCAUCACUGGAUGAAGUUUCAGUACAUCACAAUCAAAGCACAACAGCUGAGCUUAUUGGAUCAUUAUCAGAAUUCACCUUAAGUAAUGUUUUCAUUAGUCUGUAUGUCGCUCGCAUUUCGAUGAUCAUGGAUAUGUAACACGGCUCGGGUCUUAAAAAAGCCUUUUAAAAGCCCUGUGUUAGCACAUGCUUAAAUUGUACGUCGAUAUCGUAUUCUUUGUUAAGUAUCUGCUAAUAUUGUUUGUUCUGUCCAUUGCCUACUGAUAGGCGCCCACUCUUGCUAUAAUAUCAACUAACAUGCAUACGUCAGUUAGUGUAGCUGUUUUCUGUUGCAAGUGAAAGAAUAUCUUUUUCGAGAACAUCACUAUCAAAUUUUCUAUGAAUCUUAUCGAAACAUAUUGAAUUACUCAGGCAGAUACGUCAGCUUAUAGUGUGGCUUGCUAUAAAACUCAAUGUGAUACGAUAAAAGCAUUAGUGACGAUUAGUCUAUUCGCAGUGCAAGUUUUGCAGUGUAAUAAGGGCAUGUUAAUAAACCAUCGAGUAAUGGAAAGCUUAUUCAAAAUGGGAUAUGUGUACCCAAUGCUUCGGGUGUUGUUAAUCAUCAUCAUACAUUCGAAUCCAGCUACCUCUAUCGUUUGCAAUAGAACAACCAGCAAUGUGGAAAACGCUCUAAAACAACACUUGUUCUGCAAUGGGUACGAUCCAUCGAUACGGCCAGCUAAAAGUGAAUUCGAUAUGAUCAAUAUAACAGUAGCCGCCUACGUGUAUAAAUUUAGCGUUCACAGCUACUUUAAAACUUUACAUGUGGAAAUGAUAUAUGACUUGAUGUGGGAUGAUACUUCAUUACAGUGGAACGCAUCGGACUGGUCUAACAUUACUCUGUUGCACCCUAAAAAUGAUGAAAUUUGGAUUCCGCAGUUUGAGCACAUAAAUUCCGAUUAUGAAGGUGUAUCUUCGUUAUCCUGCAACAAUCCACACUGCGUGUUGUACGACACGGGAAGAUUGUCUUGUAUACCCACAUGUAUACUUAAAGCCAAAUGUUCGUCAGAUUAUUCACGUUGGCCCUACAACACAAUGGAUUGUCAUACGUGGUUCUCGAAUCAUGAUAAGGAACUAGUUGACGAAAUCAACUUCUUACCAUUCCAAACGAUUGUGGCAAUGAUGGGGAAUCUUCCUUCAGCCAAGUGGUGCAUGACAUCGUUCACGUCCAAUGCAACAAUGCUAAACAUUCCGGGAGCUACCAGAAGAACUGUGAAGGAACUAAUGUUCAAUUUGCAACAUACUCCUCAUGCUGCAUUAGUCACGUUUUACUUUCCCGCGUUUGUUCUCGUUAUGUUGAAUAUUUUCAUCUGCUGGUUGAAUUCUAUCGCAAGUGAGAAGGCAAAGAUUAUUUUUAUAUCUUUAAUGUGCCACUUCCGACUUCUUCAUGACCUACCAUUUCAAUCUACUGAAGUACCAAACAUGGUGAGGUUUGAAAUCGCAUCGAUGGUAUUAACACUGCUGUUGUUUGUGACCACACUGAUCCUCCGAUGGGUGUACAAUCUACACACAACUCCGCCAAGAAUAAUCAUACGAUCUAUAAGUAUGCUCACAAACAAUCGAAUGAUGUAUUGGUUUCUUCAGACAGAAUAUCUAAGCCUUGGACACAAACCAACUGUCUUUUCGAACUAUAUGGAGCUAAGGGACUGGACACUGAUCGUGAAACUAGCCGAUCGGUGUGUAUUUGUGCUGUAUAUAUUCAUUUACUUGUGGCUGUUCUGCAUGUAUGUGCCCUUAAAGCAUGUCGAAAAUAAUAAAAAACUUCAUUAUGUUCUUUGCUUUAAUUGAAUAAUUUUCAACUGAAAAUAAAUAAACGAACAUCACGAGCAAGAUUAAA